AUGGCUCCUGUGGUCCUCAUCCUCGGCUCUGGUCCUCGCGUUGGUGCAUCUGUUGCCCAGGCUUUCAAGGACAGCGGCUACAGCGUCGCUCUUGCGUCCCGUAAAGGCACCAACAGCAAGACCGAAGAAGGAUACUUCUCCAUUAAAGCCGACUUUGCGUCUCCUUCCAGCCUGCCCGAUGUCUUCUCUGCCGUCAAGUCGGAGUUUGGCUCUGCCCCAAGCAUCGUCAUCUACAACGCUGCCGCCCUGACUCCUCCUUCAGACCCGACCUCUGUCUUAUCCGUCUCUGCCGAGGCUGUCACCAAGGACUUGAAUAUCAAUGUUGUCAGCCCGUACGUGGCGGCACAGCAGGCGCUCGCAGCCUGGGAGACACUUCCCGAAGACACUAAGAAGACCUUCAUCUACACUGGCAACGCCCAGAACGAACUCAUCAUCCCCAUGCCGCCCAUGAUGAACUUGGGUGUCGGCAAGGCUGCAAGCGCGUACUGGGUCGGUCUUGCUGACACGCUGUACAAGUCCAAAGGCUACCGAUUCUUCUACGCUGAUGAACGUCAUCCUGAUGGCAAGUUCAAGGGUAUGGCGCUCGAUGGCCCUGCCCAUGGCGAGUACUAUCCACAGUUGGCGCAGCACCCUGAGGGCGUGCCAUGGCAGGCCACUUUCGUGAAGGGUCAGGGAUAUGCCUCUUUCAAGUGA